GGUCGCGCUGGUCCCCGGCCGGCCGGAGCGGCGGCGGCGGGGGCGCGGGGCAGCAUGAGGGAGCCGUUCGCCUGGGACCUUCCACCACAACAGUCGCAGCGGCACGUGGAGGCGGCCCAUGCACCAUGUACAGCGUAGAGGACCUCCUCGUCUCUCACGGGUACAAGCUAUCGAGAAGCUUCCCAGCACCACAAGAGGAGGACGGCGAGGGGCGCCAGCAGACGAGGACCAGGGUGCGAGCAGGCCCCGCCCUGCCCAAUGGCUGUGAGGAUAGCCCUGCCAGCCUCCCCCGGGGCCCGGCCUCCCCGGGGCCAGGGCGACUGAGCGACUCCGAAAGCCACCGCCGCAGGCUGAGGGUCCACGGGGAGCCUCCGAGCACUGCCGCUGCCAGGAUUGCCGAGCCCGGGUUUUAUCACCAGCCUGUGCUCGCGUGGUCCUCUCAGCCCCUGACUGGCCGCAGCCACGCCUAUUGGAGGAGAAGAGAGCAGGAGGCGGGCCCGAGGGCCGCAGAGGACCUGCCCCUGCACGCGAGGGAGGGUCCAUGGGAAGUUGGAGGAAGGACAGAGCACGUGAUGAAGAAGGCCACUUGGGAAGAAGAGCUGGGAUCGGCGGGUCCUGCCAAGUGGCAGCACCCAAGCCUGGGAAGCUGGAACCAGCCGCGGAAAUUGGAGAGGCAGAUGUCCGAUGGUGUCAGGGAGCAGUUGUUUCAGGACCUGUACCCAUUCAUGCUCGGAGAACACGUCUUGACGUCCCAGAGCAAAGGGAAAUCCCGGUCGUUGCCUCGAGUUCUUUCCCCCGAGAGCCUGAGUUGCAUGGAAAUUCCCAUUCCGUUAAGCGAUGGACAUUUAGCAGGUGUUCCUAAAGUGCUGCGUCAUCCUCCAAAAAGCGCUCAUGACUUGGAGGCCACCAGGAACCCCGAGAAGGGCCCCUUCCCCCGGCCCAAGUUUGGGAGACCCCUCAAGCCUACAGCCUAUGACUCCCACCAACACUCCAGGCCGGGAGAACAAAACAGCAGCUAUGUGGACGGCCAGCAGCCAGACCCCUGUGUUUCUUACUUGACCAGAGCGAGUGACACCAGGCAAGAACUCUGCGGGCCCGACCCUGGCCUGGAGCCCCCGGUAUAUGUGCCUCCGCCCUCGUACAGGUCACCCCUGCAGCACAUGUCAAGCCCUUGCGUGGAGGAUGCAUCGCCUGGGCUCGAGGGUGGGGGGCGCCGUGUGCAGCAGCAUCGCAUGGAGAAGGCCACUGCCAGCCAUCAGCUCCCCACUGGCUCCCCAGUGGCCGGGAGUGAGUGUAGUGCUAGCCCCCGCUCGCCACAAGGACUCCCCCAGCAGCUCCACCCCAGCAUUGCUUAUGACGGCUCCAUUGUCUACAUUCCUUUUGACGACCCACGGAUACGACAUCUUAAACUGGCCCGACCCCAGGGGUUCUGGGAAGAGAUGAAGCUGGACAGUCAGCCUUGCAGGUCUGGUCCUGUCCCUGCCCCAGAGCCAGAGCAUGGAAGUGGGCAACGUGGGGGUGCCAUCAGGAGCCCUCAGGGCCUGCUGGGCCCAUCAGGGAAGGAGAGGGGCCCUGCCCCUGCAGACCCCAGCCCCCCAUGGCUGUGGGGCCAGCUCCCUAGGGAUGGAGAAAAUGGUGGCCUUCCCGACCCAAGGGACCACUGUAUUGUCACACACAGACAGUGGCCUGACACAAGGGGACACGCAGAAAGCCGUGCAGCCUCCACAAGCCCCCAAAGCGAGAGUGCCUGUGAAACUCACACCCAGCUCAGAAAAUUCGAAACUGGGGUGCAGACCAAGAAAAGUUCAAAGAAAAAACUGAGUGAGACGAUAUUUUGUUUGGUCUCCAUCCCAGUUAAAUCAGAAUCACAGCUGCCAGACACAGAUACAAACAACAAUGACUUAAAACAGGGCACAGAUAAAAAGAAUGGGCCGGAUAAGAACGCGGCUUUGCAAGCGCACAGCCUGCUGAGCUUGCCUUCCACCGACCUAGAGCUGCAGACGCUCCCAGGAAGCCAGGCCGGGAGAAUGGGGCUCCUGAAACCAGACCCGGGAGGACCAGGAGGAGACAAGCACACAAAUGGCCUCAGGUUCACUCACCCUGCAAAACACAGCGAGCUCCCCCCAUGUCCUGGCUGGUGGCCCGGGCAGCAGUACAGAGACCAGCAGACACAAACCAGCUUCACUGAAGAACCCCAGAGCCCACAGCCCCUCCCCGAGGGGAAUGUAGCAGGGUCCCCCCACGCCCCGCUGACUCCAGGAUGCUUGGACCCUGCCCCCCGAGAAGUUCAGAUGCACAUGGCCUUGGCGUCCAGUGACCAGAACCAGAGGCCUGGGGCUCAUCCCAUGAAAGGUCAGGAGUCCCUCAGCCCAUCAAGCAGCAGUGCUUUCUCAAGGUCUUCCUCAGCCAUAAACCCGGCCCCCGUGCCAAGGGCCGGCCUGGGCCAGCUGUGCAUGGACAGCCCUGUGCGCGGAGCCAGCCCCGUGCCCAGGGGCGAGGUGGUCAAGGGGGAGACCACGGGCCCCUGCAACAGCAAACAGCUGUUUGGGCAGUUCCUCCUGAAGCCUGUGAGCCGCCGACCCUGGGACUUGAUCAGCCAGUUGGAAAGUUUUAACAAGGAGCUUCAAGAGGAGGAAGAGAGCAGUCCUGGAAGUGAUGGCAGCAGUGAGGGCAGCGACAGUGAGCUGCCCGGGGAGGCCCCAGCUGGCCCCACACCCAAGCGUCCGGGCUUCCUGGAGGACAGAGUGGAGGAGGCGCCAAGGAGGCCAGUGCCCGAGGCCCCUGGAUUCAGGUCAGGGAGAGUCAAAAGUAAGUCUGAGAGCUGGAGUGAGGAGCUGAAGCCUCUCUCUCCCUGCCCCGUGUGGGCAGAAGACCAUGCAGGUGCUGCCUGGCUGUCCCCACGUGGAAGUGUGAUUUCCGAGCAGGGGGCCUUGGGGGUCCAGGAUGGAGUGACCGAGCCAGCAGUCAACCUGAGGCCUGGGAAACCACUGAUGUCUUCUGGGCUAAGUGAGGCACGACCAGUGCCCCGACAUGACCCAGCUGCACCCAGGGAGCCCCCACAGAGUCAGGAGCUCCCAGAUGGCCCAAGUGCUGUGCAGUCAAGUGGAGCCAGCCCUCCAGAGGCCAGCUCUGGGGAGCAGGGGAGUACCGGGGUACCCCCCUUUCUUGCCAGCAAGCCCCGAGGCCUGUCGGCGCCAGACUUGCGGUCCGUGGGGCUGACGCUGGCGCAGGAGCAGCGCGCCAGUGAACCAGCGGGGCCUCCCACUGGAGCCACUGCAGUAGAAAUCCCCCUAGGCGAGUCCCUCCAAGCCAGGGCUGCCAGGAUCCUGGGCAUCGAGGUGGCUGUGGAGUCCCUGCUGCCGGGCACCAGGAGGACAGGGCUGAGCCAGCACCCAGAGCCUGGUGGGGGCGCCUGCCGGCCCGAGUCCCCUGGGCAAGAGUCAGGGUCCGGCCCAGCACAGCCAGAUGACCUCACCUCACCCGCUGACGCUUUCUAUGGCAGGAGGAAGUGCGGCUGGACCAAAAGCCCUCUGUUUGUAGGCGAAAGGGACAGUGCCUGGCAGGCUCCCCAGGCCUCCGAGCCCUCGGGCAUGAGUGGCCCCAGCAAAGCCCCUGAGCCUCAGCCCAGCCCCCUGGAGUCACAGCCCUUCCAUCACAGGGACGUGGAGACAAAGCCGCCAUUCAGGUCCACCUUGUUCCAUUUCAUAGAAAGGACCCCCAGUGUAGCAGCCUCAGAAAAGAGGCUCCGAAGCACCUCCAAAGUGAUUGAAAGUUUACAGGAGAAACUGGCUUCCCCGCCCAGGAGGGCAGACCCCGACCGCCUGCUGAGGAUGAAGGAGGUGAGCUCCGUGUCCAGGCUGAGGCUCCUGACCUCUCGGGGCGUGGACUCUGCAGAGGAGGCCGAGGAGCCGAAGGCUGAGAGGGGCCCUGGGGCGCGGCUGGGCUGCUUGGCAGGCACAGGCUACAAGCUCUCUGACCCUAAGGGCGCCCUCUCUCUGGAAGAGGGCCAUCUGGCAGCAGGAAGGGAGGAGAACGGCGGCCAGGACUUCUGGUGUCCAGAUUCGUAUGACCCUAGCAGAGUGGAGAGGGUGUGAUAAGCUGCCGGUGAAGUGGGGAGGCUGCUGUGGUCUGCCGAUGGAGUUACCGCUGAGCUGGCCCCUGGGCCCCACUUGCCCAGGAAGAGGCUGGGAAUGGGGCUGUGACAUCCUUUCUCACUGCCACCAGGAAACUCAUCAGCCCUCGCAGACUCCCUCUCUGGAAAUAAAAGCCGUAGUUCAUUGACCCCCCCCUCUGUUUUUCUAGCACAAAGAGUUAAUACCUGUAUAUAGAUAGACAAGAGUCACAGAGCUUCUCUUUACUCAUGGUUUGGGCCCAGCUGGUAAACGUUGAUCUGGCUGUGAUGAUAUAGUAAGUGAUGCUGAAAGGACCGUGAAUGUCAGAAAUUACCCUCCGGGUCCCCGUGGCCUGUGGCCCCCAGUCGUGUUCAGGAGUUUGGGGUGUAGGCCAUGGCUCAGUGUUUUAGCACCUUGAGUCUCGGGGGAAAUGUGAAUGCUUAUAUCUGAUCCAUUUCUAAUCCGUUUGGCCUUCUGCUGCUUGAAGUCACUUUACUUAGGUGUAACUCGCCAUCUGAGAAUAAAAGCAGCUGCUUUUGAGUUCCUGAAAGAUGAAACACUUGUACUAUAAUGUACUAAGAGUAUUAUUUAUCUGGCAGUGAAAUACUAUGAGCAUUUGCAAAUAUGCCAUUGUCUGCUUUGCACUCAGUAUUAUCUAUUUUUAUUUCCUAUAUGGAUGUCUAGAAAUUCUUUAUAUGAAAAAUAAUUGCUGGUUUAAAAUAGACCAUUUUAACAAAGUAACUAUAUUUCUUUUUACAAAAAUGCUAUUUUUCUAUGAUGUAAACAAUUGUUGGGUGGCAGAUUUUUAAGGAAGUUUAUAGUAUUUAAGAGUCUGUAUCCCUUUGUGUAAGAGGAACCCAGAGAGGGUUCACAUCUGCUUUAAAGCACACACCCCUUCCCUGUUCAUGACUCAGCUACUUUUAUUUUAUCUUAGAAAGAGAUGUCAGUAUAGUCAUUUUUCAGGGUUAAUAAAAUUAACUUCUUUUCACCAAGAUUUUCUUUUUACAAAUGUAGCUGUAAGGUUAUAUUGGAAAAUAACCCUCUCAAAACCAGCCAACAUCCUUACGACAAAUUUUUGCUGCCAUAUCCACUAGAAUAACCAAAAAACCCAUAAUUUCCUCUUUGUACGUCCAUGGGGGUCUGCCCUGAGACCAUACCCUUCUCCCUGUCCCUUUUAAAGAGAUACGUAUUUUUAUCUAGAAUGAUCCUUAAUUAGUGUCUGUAUAUUUUUAAAAAGCACUAGAGACAUUGUAUUAUGCCAUUACAAGAAGUAUUAUGAGGCCUGUGUAUUCUACUGUUUACUAUUGCAUUAACCUGCACAAAGUUUAUGCAUUUUCUUAUGCAUUUAUCCCUUCUUUCUAAGUAAGUCGUUCUUAUGAGCUAACAUUUCCUAAAUGUUUUCUUGUUUUCUUCCUCCCUCAAUCCCCCCUUCUUUUCCUCUCCCUUUUUUCCCCUUUUCUCUCUCUCUCUCUCUCUCUCUCUCUCUCUCUCUCUCAGAAGCCACCUAAUCUAUUUUUUAGCAUUUCAGAUGCCUAAAAUGUGAACUGUUGGGUGGUCUGCAGUUUGGCCCUAAGACGACUCUGGGCUUUCAUGGCCUGUUUUUAUCUGUACCAUAUGAUCUUAUUUCAUCAGAACUUCAUGUAUUUGGAUGGUAAUAAACACCACGGAAUCUAA